GAAGAGAGAGCGGAGGCCAAGUUCAAGGGCAGCCUUGGCCCCGAGGCAGGGCGUUCUCAGCUGGGCUGAUGAUUAACGAGGCUUCUGCUGCUCCGGAGGAAGGGAGGCCACCUCUGUGCGCACAGUCCGGCCUGUGACGCAAGCAACUUCCUGAUGACAGGCUGACGAAGAACAUUCGAGAUGGAGGGCGGCUGCCGAGGCGUCCUGGCCGCGCUGCUCGUCCUGGCCGGGCUGGCAGCUUGUGGAUCUGGCUAUGAAAUCAUAGAAGGUCCCAAGAACGUCACGGUGCUGAAGGGCUCGGAGGCUCGUUUCAACUGCACCAUCUCGCCGGGCUGGAAGCUCAUCAUGUGGGCUCUGAACGGCACGGUGGUUCUGAGCAUCACGCCCAGGGAGCCCAUCAUCACCAACGACCGCUUCACCUCCGAGAGCUACGAGGUGGGCGGCAGCUUCAUCUCCGAGAUGAUUAUCCACGACGUGCAACUCAGCGAUGCCGGGCAGGUCAAGUGCAGCCUCCAGAACAGUGACCGGGAGGGGGCUGCUUUCCUUUCCGUCCAAGUUGUGGGGCAGUUGCUCCUUCCUGGAGGCAGUCUGGUAGUCAUUAAAGAUGAGCCUUGUAACGUGACUUGCCGCGCAGUGGGCUGGACCCCACUCCCAGAUAUUUCCUGGGAAGUCGGGGUUCCGGCGAGCCAUUGGAACUAUUAUUCCGUUCCGGAGCCGGAUGGUCGUCAAAGUGCAGUGAGCGUCCUGGCGCUCACGCCCCAGGGCAAUGGCACUGUGACUUGUGUGGCUAACAUGAAGGGGCUGCAAGUCCACGAGUCUGUAACUGUAAAUCUGACUGUGGUUCAGCCUCCCUUGGGCAGUAUUGAUAAACCAGAAGCAUCGUUGCCUACCUGGGCCAUAAUUCUACUUGCAGUAUCGUUUUCAUUGCUUUUGAUCCUGAUAAUUGUUCUGAUUAUAAUAUUCUGCUGCUGUUGUGCCUCCAGGAACGAGAAAGAAGGAUCUAGUUAUCAAAGUGAAAUAAGGAAAUCUGCAAAUGUGAAGACAAAUAAAGAAACUUUUGAGACAAAGUUAAAAAGCGGAAAUGAAAACUAUGGCUACAGCUCCGAUGAGCCGGGCACUGCAAAGAUUUCCUCUCUCCCUCCGAAGCCCGCGGAACCCGGCGUUCCUGAACAGCACGGCGGCGGGCAGCCUCAGCAGGGACCUGAUGACCGCCGGCCGGCCCCAGCAAGUCCCCCACGGGUCUCUGUUUACAUGGGCAGUCCUAAGAAGGUCAGGAAUGUGACUUUGGUAUAGCACAGACGUCCCUUUGUCUCCACAAGGCACUUGGUGGACGACCUACGUCACGAUGAUGCCAUCACUGCUCACGAUGGUGUCUCUGUGCUCACAGUGACAUCACCAUCGCUCUCCCGAAGUCCUCAGGCUGGGCUCCAGCUUUGCCAGCAUGACCCGGAAGACACGAUAUUGCUUGGCAUCAUCAGAACGGAUAUGUUAUAGCGAGAGAAGAAAUCUAUUUUCCCAGCUUCCAAAGCGGGAUGUGACUUUUAAAAUGUUUCAAGAUUUCAGUGAAUUCCAUAGUGACUAAGUCAAAGCUGCACAUUCAUCAUGACAGUGAUCCUCAUCACGCAACACUCCUGCUUGCUCAUCCGACGGAUGGUAGCUAAGUCUAUAUCCCACCAUGACGUUUAAGAAGUUUUUGUUACCUUAAAUUGUAUGAAGAUGAUAUUUAUGUACCUUUAAUAUAUAAAUAUUAUUGCAUAUUGUCUGUGAAAAAAGAGGAUAAAAAUUAGAAUGAACAAGAAGUCUAAAAUUUCCCAGAAAACCAGAACUCACAGGUUAUAAAUAAUAUUACAUUCUAAAGCUGAUGUGCACCUUGCGAGAUGCCUUGUUAUUGGAUGUUUAUACAAAGACAUCAUUUUUACCUGCUUCCUCGUCAGCCGUGUGCCCGUGUGCUGGAGUGAGUCAGGUGUGGGUUAUUCUUUGUGGGGUAUGUCCCUCGAACCAAGGAAAAACUGGCAAUGGGCAAUAUAGUCUUUCAUAAAUAAAAGCCGCCACA